CAUCGACACAAGCACCCACUUCACCCGUCUUGCGUGACGUCACCGCACAAACAUGAACCCAAGCUUGGGUUUCGGUUUCUUCGAUUCUUUUCCGCUUCCUCUCCGAUUCCUCCCUCCAUGGCUGCGCUAGAAUGGGCGCUGCUCCUCGUGCUCGUAGCGGCGGCGGCGCAGACGCUUCCGAUGGAUACCGGAGAAGACUCGCCGGCGCCGAGGGGGCGGGUGAUCGAGGUGGAAGAGGGGCCCAAGUCGGUGGUGUGGGUGGUGCAGCUCUCCGACCUCCACAUAAGCGUCCACCACCCGGAAAGGGCCUAUGACCUACAGCGCUACCUCGGUCCCGCCCUCGCCAUGAUUAACCCCUCCCUCGUCCUCAUCACCGGCGAUCUCACCGAUGGGAAGAGUAAAGAUCUAUUGACCAUGAAGCUUGAUGAGGUGGAGUGGAAGGAGUAUCAGAACGUUGUUGAUAAUAUUAUUCAAGGAAGUGGGCUUAACAAGGACAUCUUCUAUGACCUUAGAGGGAACCAUGAUUGUUUUGGUGUUCCCAAGGCUGGUGGUGCUUAUGACUACUAUCACAAGUACAGUAUAAAUGCAAGAACAGGGCGAAAAGGAAAUGUCCAGAGCAUUACAUUACAGAAUGGAAGAUGGAGGCAUCUUUUUGUUGGAUUUGAUAGCACGAUGGAAACUAGUCUCCGUGGGCCAACAAAUGUGUUUGGGCAUCCAACCGACAAAUUACUUGUAGAUAUAGAUUUCGAACUUUCACAAUGGGAUGCUGAAUCAUUAGUAACAAAAAUUUCCUUUGGGCACUUCCCUUUAUCUUUCUCAACAUUAACAGAUGCAGGCAAAAGCUUAAGAGAUGUAUUCCUUAAGCACUCUUUGUCAGCUUAUCUCUGUGGGCAUCUUCAUACAAAAUUUGGCAACUUGAAGCGCCAUCAUCAAUUAGACCAUUCAGUAAAUUAUUUUCAAAACAUUCAUCAAGAAGGAUUUCUCAGUAAUAAUGAUAAUCAUAAUUGCUCAAGCAAAAGUGUUCCCCUCAAUGAAUUUUGGGAAUGGGAGAUGGGUGACUGGAGAAGGAGUAGAACUAUGAGAGUACUGGCUAUUGAUUCUGGACAUGUUUCAUAUGUUGAUAUAGAUUUCAGAUUGGGAUCUAAGGAUACCAUUAUAUUACCUACUUUUCCUUUGGACUCAAGGUUCAUGCAAAGAAUUUCAUCAGUCCGUGAUUUCAAAUGUCAACCUGAGAGAGGCUCAUCUUAUGAGUUGGUGAGAACUCUAGUGUUUUCAAGACAGAAAAUUGUGUUGGUAUCUGUGAAGAUAUAUGACACUCAGUAUGGAACUCCUAAUAUCGUUCUAGAUUCCAACAUGGAAAAGGUUGAAGGCAAUAGAACUAGAGGAGAUCUCUAUGUGGCUCCAUGGAACUGGAGAGCGUUUGCAGAUCCAUCUCCUAGCCGCUAUUGGCUGCAAAUAACAGCUUUAGACAAUUUUGGUAAAACCAGUUUCAGCGAAUUAAGACCAUUCUCUAUCAAUGGUCUUGCUGCACAAGUUAGUUGGAGCUGGAAAGAGUUCCGCGUAAUGGGCUUACAUUGGCCAUCGAUUUACCAUCCUGCUUUUUGGUCUGUCCUCUCAUUUAUGUUCUUGUUACUUGUUAUUCCACAAGUGUUAUUUCUAUUCUGGAAUAAACUUCUCACUUAUGAGUAUGUUAGACCUACAAAUGCAAGGAGUAACAAGGAACAUUUAGUUGAUGCUGCAUUAUUAGCGUUGAUGGAGUUCCCCAGGAUGACCAUAGUAUGGUUGGGGUUCCUGUUAUAUUUGCUCUACUUGUCAUUUUUCCCUUGGUUCUUUGGACAUGUAUUUGGUGAACUUGACGCUAAAGCUUCUAUGAGUUAUCAAGGUUGGUUUAUUCCAAAAUCUGACAAAAAUCCUGAUCUCCGCUAUGUUGGGGUACCUGAUAUCAUGGUGGUUGUAUUACCUCAUCUUUGCUUUGUUGUUCUACCAACUAUUUUAGUUGUCGGAGCAAUGGUUGCAGAAAGAACAACACAUCGAAGGUAUUUCCUAUUACUAUCUGGGAAGAAGGAUGAUGGUUUUUCUAGAGACAAAAAUGGGCAGCCUAAGAAUGUGACUUCUUGCUAUUCACACCGAAUAUGUCAUGGAAGGUGGAUUAGAAAGUUACUUUUUCUGGUCAUUGCUUUAAUCUUGUGGAAGCACUUUAAGAAUUGCAGAGAUUUGGUGAGGGCUUAUGAUAUGAAUCCUAUUAUCGAUUCCCCUAUCUAUUGCUUUGUGAUUCCAGUACUUCUAAUAUAUGCUGCCUACAAGACUUCAGCAGUUUAGAUGAAUAAUCCGCAUCUAGGUGGAGAAGGUGAUGGAUUAUUUUAAAUUUCUUCAGAUGGUUGUUGCUCCAACCACAACAUUCUAAUUCAAGUUCAAAUAUACAAGGACCGAGCUACUUUAAAGUUUAAAAUGAGGGAACAGGAAGUGGCUCUGUAUAUUGUUCCUUCAGUAUGCUUCAUGACAAUUCUUAGUUUGUUUAGUUUGUUUUGCUAGUUCAACAAUUAGAUCCAUGUCAAAUCCUCAUAACUCUCUAUGUUUUGUCAUACAGAAAACAACAUGCUUUUCUGAUCAACAUCCUGUGAGUUUAUAGAUUGGAAGUGUUGAAAGGUUGCAUCUGCAAACCAUA